CCAUACACCAUACACCAUAUGUAUACCUUAGUCCCCAUCAUAGUAUUUUGAUAACAUCACAAUGUUUUCAUAUAUUGUAGCAGGACUUGCUAUUUUAUUGUUUCUGUACAAUCCAGGCACGCAACAUAUUUCACCGCGUCCAAACCGUCUGCCUCGGACACCUCGGCCUCGCAUUAACGAGUCCUUGCUUGCUCUAGAUACGGCAAACCAAACAGCCCCGGAGUGUUCCCCUAAUUCAUAUUCGGUGUACAUACUUUCCAAGGCACCUAUUGUAAUUUAUAUUGAGAAUUUCAUCUCGGAAGAUGAACGAUCUCACUUGUUAGAAAUUAGCGAGCCGUUGUUUGAGCCUUCAACCGUUACCAACGAUGGCCAAUCGACACACCGUAAUACCACCAUUCGCGACUCCGAGGUCGCAUUGAUACCUCGUACUAACACUGUACGAUGCAUUGAAGGCCGCGCUCGAGCGGUUCAAGGCUGGCGCAAUGAUUUAUGGAUUGAACGCCUUCGUACCCAACGCUACGGCACCGAUCAGCAUUACUCGCAUCACUUUGACUGGGGUUCGGGUGCUCUAGGCUGGGGUCGAGUUAGUAGCUUUAUGGCUUGGGUGCAAGCGGACGAGGUUGAGGGAGGCGGGACCGAGUUUCCACUGCUUCAGCGAGAGGCGCCCGAUUACCCGUGGUGCCAAUGGGUCGAGUGCACCAAGUUGGCUGAGCGUGCGGCUGAGCUUUCACACGCAGACGAGGGACUAGUCACGGGUGUGAUAUUCAAGCCGGUCGCCGGCAAUGCCGUGUACUGGGAGAAUUUCCGGCCGGAUGGAACCGGGAGAGGGUGGGAUGAGACGUGGCAUGCGGGUUUGCCAGUGAAAAAGGGAACCAAAGUCGGGCUGAAUAUAUGGAGUUGGGGCAGACUAAGUUAGAAGAUGAAUUUGGUCCGCGCCCAUCCCACUUAUGACGAUAUUUAUGUCAAGCCAGCCACCAGACAAACCUCCCACAUGACUUGUUCGUUCUACGCGUUCUACGAGAGGAUUAGGUAGUAGAACUGUAGAACAUCAUCUUUUCAACAAAGUCGACCUACCUUACCUACUAUGUAUACUAGGUAUAGUUAGUGCUAACAAGUACAUACUACUAAGUACGUGAUAGAUAUUCGGUAUUCGCCUAAAACAACGCUUAGGAGACUUGGGGGGGGAAAAUUCUUAAAGAGCUUAAAGAUGACCUCUUUUUUUUCGGGGGGGAUUUUCGCCAUCCAUAGCCAUCGGCCCUACUGAGGAGUACAUACAAAGUAUCCGGUUUAUACACGUCUAACCUAGGUUAUAUUGAUCUUCUUCCCUCGAACAGGCCAUGUACUACUAAGUACCAGGCAUCUAGACUGCAUACCCACGCCACCACUUUCAAGUCUUCGCCUUAGCAAAAAGGUUGUUGCACCAAUUGUCACACUGCCAUACGCUACCUAGUACCUAGUAGUAUGUAUACUAUAUAGUAGUAAAAUAGUACAGGCUGGUACGUAGCCAGUAUAGGAAUAUAAUAGGAUAUUAGGAUUACGGCAUUAGG